AUGCGUACCGAUGCGAGUUUGAAAAACGCUUAUGUUGGCACGAUAAAUGAGUAUCUGGAGCUGGGUCAAAUGGAACGUGUAACGUCCCGGGCCAGUAAGACGGGCAAUUCUGCAUUGGGGGAGUCGAUCAUUGUUACCUACCGAACUACGAACUACGAAGGAAUCAUUCUCAAUUGGCGAGGGCUAAAAUGGGUAUUUAUGACGGAUGUUGAAAAAAUGUACAGAUGUAUUAAUAUUCCACCCGACGACGCGCAGUACCAACGGAUUCUAUGGAAUCCGGACACUAGUGAUUAUGUGGCAGAAUAUGCCUGCACAACGGUAAUGUUUGGAACGAGCUCCGCACCUUAUUUAGCCAUGAGAGUUAUGAAACAAUUAGCUAUGGUCGAAUGCGAGAAGUAUCUACUGGCGUUGGAUGUUAUAAAUCAUCAAAUGUAUGUAGAUGACAUACUGUCUGGUGGCGACAGUAUUGCAGAAACGGAGUAUGUCAAGAACCAAGUGAUUGGAAUGCUUCGUAGUGGUACAUUCGAACUACGGAAAUGGGCGAGUAAUUGCCCAAAGCUAUUAGAGAACAUACCAGUUGAGCAUCGAGAAUCAAGCGGAUUGUUACACAUGGAAGGUAAUGAUACUAUUCGCACUUUAGGUCUAUACUGGAGUCCCAAAGAAGAUGAGUUCCGUUUUGCUUUGCAUGUCGUUCCACCAAUGAGCUCACCUACAAAGAGGACAAUACUAUCAGCAAUUGCACGACUGUUUGAUCCCAUGGGAUGGCUUAGUCCGAUAAUGAUUACUGCCAAAAUUCUCAUGUAG